CUGGAGUCUUUGGAGAGUUUCUAGAUCUUGUUCAAUUUCUGCUUUCAGGAUUAGUGAUUUUGAUUAUUCACUCUGGAGCUCGAGUUCUGGAUCCGUGUGGCUGGAGGGAAUGUUUUGUUAAGCUGAUUGUUUAGGUCAAUUCAGGCUUGUUGGCUCAGUCUAAUAAUUGUCAUAUUGAGAAAGACAAAUGAAGAACGGUAUAGCUGAGUGCAGUGUCUGUCAUUCAAAAUUGGUCUCUCCCGGUAGCAAAACUAUUUCCAGGGCUUAUGACGACCACAAGAUUAGGGUUUCCUCAAAACAACGUGUCCUCAAUGUCCUUUUGGUAGUAGGUGAUUGCAUGCUUGUUGGUCUCCAGCCUGUCUUGGUGUAUAUGUCUAAGGUGGAUGGGAAAUUCAACUUCAGUCCUAUUAGUGUCAACUUCUUGACAGAAAUCGCAAAAGUUAUUUUUGCGAUCGUGAUGCUUUUAAUCCAGGCCAGGCACCAAAAAGUUGGAGAGAAGCCUCUUCUAUCCGUUUCCACAUUUGUCCAGGCAGCUCGAAAUAAUGUGCUUCUUGCUGUUCCAGCCCUGUUGUAUGCAAUUAAUAACUAUCUGAAGUUCACAAUGCAGCUAUAUUUCAAUCCUGCUACUGUAAAGAUGCUUAGCAACCUAAAAGUUCUGGUCAUUGCUGUUCUAUUAAAGAUGGUAAUGAAGCGGCGGUUUUCUAUCAUACAGUGGGAGGCACUUGCUCUGUUGCUGAUAGGGAUUAGUGUAAACCAACUACGUUCUCUUCCUGAAGGUGCUACAGCCAUUGGAAUUCCUCUUGCUACUGGUGCAUACGUCUGUACCGUUAUCUUUGUUACUGUCCCGUCAAUGGCAUCUGUCUUCAACGAGUAUGCUUUAAAGAGUCAGUAUGACACAAGCAUCUAUCUUCAGAAUUUAUUUCUCUAUGGUUAUGGUGCGAUAUUCAACUUUCUUGGAAUACUAGGAACUGUUAUAUAUAAAGGUCCUGGCAGCUUUGAUAUCCUACAAGGACAUUCUAGGGCUACCAUGUUUUUGAUACUGAACAACGCAGCACAAGGGAUUUUAUCCUCCUUUUUCUUCAAAUAUGCAGAUACAAUCUUGAAGAAAUAUUCAUCGACAGUUGCCACAAUAUUUACGGGCAUAGCAUCUGCAGCGCUCUUUGGACAUGUUAUAACCAUGAACUUUCUUCUUGGAAUUUCUAUCGUUUUCAUUUCAAUGCACCAGUUCUUUUCACCACUUGCCAAAGUGAGAGACGAGCAACAAAAGAAUGGGAACCUAGAACUAGUCACUGCAAAGGAUACUCACAGGGCUAAUGAAUCAUUCAUCAACAUGGCCGCAGGAGCAAAUGAAGAGGCUAGUCACCGCGGUGAAUCAGACGACAGAACCCCGCUGCUUCCCAGAUGAAAAGUUUCUUAAAAGUAGGAUUUUUGUUCGGAAGAAUUAUUUUGGCCGAGAAUAUUCUAGAAAUUGGGGGGUUUUCCAGUCGUAUACUAGUAGAGGAUACAGUGAAGCAAAUUUCAUGACACCAACUCUUACUUCUCUCAAGAGUCGGUUUUAAGUUCGAUGAAGAACCUCUCAAGUCUGAAGCUGUAUUGUUUUAAGAUAGAGUGAGAACAAACUUGGUAAGUGAUAUAUGUAUUUUGGAUAUAUAAUAUUUGUAUUCUUUGGUUUUUGCAAAAUAUCAGGUCACUUUUUUGCUCUUGUUUAUACAAUUACUCUCACAGUUGGGUUCUUAUAUAUAUAAAAGCAUAAUUUUUCA